AUGGUUGCCGGGCCAUGUCCAAACGGGUCAAGGCCAGUCUUCGGAAGCUGCCGAGGAACAGCGCCCUGCACGCAAGUAGACCCGCCAACCCAUAGAUGCCACAGAUGUGAAGGUCACCUGGACAUCGUGAAACUGUCCAAGUACUUCUUGGAGCUUGGCGACUCUCAGGUUGAAGCUGACGACUCGAUUCCUGGUACAGCGAAAACUAGGCAGGAUGUCGCCUCCCAGGUGCGAGAAGCCAUUGCCGAAGCGGCCGACGCAGAAGCUCGAUACAACUUGAAAGAUCCACAGGCUUUCGCCCAGUUCCUACAAGAUUCGGAUGUUCGGUUGGUACGAGCCAAGUACCUUUCUGAUUUGGUUCUCUCCAAACGGCCGCUACCGAGACGGCAAGAAGCAGAAACCGAGACCUUCACGUGCGAUGGCGAGCCUCAGAGUGCGUUGGUGACGCACGAAGAAGUGCAAAAUUGGGCCAAUGGGACCCAGGAGGCGAUCAUUUGUUCCAUUUCCCACGCCUGGGAAACCAGGGAACAUCCAGAUCCCUGUCGGCACCAAUUGCAGCAGAUCGUCAAUCAUACUGGACUGUAUGAUGCUGCAUUCGAAGCAGACAUUUGGAUCUUCUAUGAUUACAGCUCGCUCUUCCAAUACGAAAGAACCAACUCACAUGAAGAGAAGAGCUUUCGAAAGGCGAUGAGCAACAUGCACCUCAUGUAUGCUCACGAAUGCACUUUGACAUUCAGGAUCGAAACCCUUACUCCAGAGCAUGUUUGGAACACCAUGCUGGCUGAUGAAGAAGUUGUUGUCCGAGUGUAUGAUGCAGGCAGCAAGACUCUGAAAGAGAAGCCCUUGAAGCUCUUGGAAGCCAACAGAACUCCAUACUUACAGCGAGGGUGGUGUAUGGCAGAAAUCGAAUGGUCAUCUCUGAGAGGAGUGAAUGCACAACAUCAACACAUCGACAGGCCGAAGGAUCCGAAGUCUGAGACGCAGAAAUCCGAUCAUCUCAAUGGGAGAGUUCCUAUGAUCCCUGAGAAGUUCAGGCAGCAAAUGGAGCAAGCAAAGUUCACCCAUCGCUCGGAUGCUGAAGCAGUGAUCUAUUUGCAACAGAAGAUUUUCAGGGAGAAGGUGAUCGAAUGUCAACACUUGGUGUUAGAAGGCCUUCCGGCCCAAGAGAUCUUGGCACUAGCGCAUGCGCUCCCACACUACGAAAAUCUGAAGAGCUUGACGGUGAGGAGGUUUCAAUGUGGCGAGGAAGAGGCAACGUCCCUAGGGAAGGCUUUGGCAUCAAGUCAAGCGGAGACGCUUGAAAUCCGUGGCAUCGGUGAAAGUGGCCGCUUCAUGGUGAAGGCUCUCGCGGAAGCCUUGAAGAUCAAUAGCUCCGUGCGGGACAUGAAUUUGGCAUUCAAUGAGAUUGGUGCCGAGGGAGCUCAGGCUCUCGCAGAAGCCUUGAAGAUCAAUAGCUCCGUGCGGGAUUUGAAUUUGAAAUAUAACCUUAUUGGUCCCGAGGGAGCUCAGGCUCUCGCGGAAGCCUUGAAGAUCAAUAGCUCUGUGCGGGACAUGAAUUUGGAAGAUAACAAGAUUGGUUCCGAGGGAGCUCAGGCUCUCGCAGAAGCCUUGAAGAUCAAUAGCUCCGUGCGGGACAUGAAUUUGGAAUCUAAUGAGAUUGGUCCCGAGGGAGCUCAGGCUCUCGCAGAAGCCUUGAAGAUCAAUAGCUCCGUGCGGGACAUGAAUUUGGAAUGGAAUGGCAUCGGUGAUGAGGGAGCUCAGGCUCUUGCAGAUGCUUUGCUUCAGAGGAAGACUUCAGUCAGAGACACCUUGGCUGAUGACUUGGACGACGGAGUCAAGGAGAGUGCUGAUCAAGUCCCCGGCAGACGCCCUUUUGAAGCACCGGUUCGUCUUCAGGCACUAGCUGAAGCUUUGAAGACGAACACUUCCGUGACAAGCAUCCACCUGUGUGGCAAUUCCAUCGGCGCUGAGGGAGUGAAGGCACUAGCCGAAGCUUUGAAGACGAACACUUCCGUGACAAGCAUCAACCUGCAAUGGAAUUCCAUCGGCGAUGAGGGGGUGAAGGCACUGGCUGAAGCUUUGAAGACGAACACUUCCGUGACAAGCAUCCACCUGUGUGGCAAUUCCAUCGGCGCUGAGGGAGUGAAGGCACUGGCUGAAGCUUUGAAGACGAACACUUCCGUGACAAGCAUCGACCUGCAUUCCAAUUCCAUCGGCGCUGAGGGAGUGAAGGCACUAGCUGAAGCUUUGAAGAAGAACACUUCUGUGACAAGCAUCGAUUUGGGUGGCAAUUCCAUCGGCGAUGAGGGAGUGAAGGCACUAGCUGAAGCUUUGAAGAAGAACACUUCUGUGACAAGCAUCAACUUGGAAAGCAAUUCCAUCGGCGAUGAGGGAGUGAAGGCACUGGCUGAAGCUUUGAAGACGAACACUUCCGUGACACGCAUCAACCUGUAUGCCAAUUCCAUCGGCGCUGAGGGAGUGAAGGCACUAGCCGAAGCUUUGAAGACGAACACUUCCGUGACAAGCAUCGGCCUGCGUGGCAAUUCCAUCGGCGAUGAGGGAGUGAAGGCACUAGCUGAAGCUUUGAAGAAGAAAGCUUUGAAGAAGAACGCUUCUGUGACAAGCAUCAACCUGCAAUGCAAUUCCAUCGGCAAAAAGGGAGUGAAGGCACUAGCUGAAGCUUUGAAGAAGAACACUUCUGUGACAAGCAUCAACCUGGAUGACAAUUCCAUCGGCAAAAAGGGAGUGAAGGCACUGGCUGAAGCUUUGAAGACGAACACUUCUGUGACAAGCAUCGACCUGGAUGACAAUUCCAUCGGCGAUGAGGGAGUGAAGGCCUUGAAGCAAGUGAUCGAGGAAAAGAAGAAGAUGGGUUUCGAACUUCGCAUUGAGCCCUUUUCCGGCGCACAGCCAGGUUUCGAGCUCGACAUCGGAUUCUAG